CAAAUAGCCCACCCGAUAAGGGACUGGGACUCCCUCAGUGACCGACCCCAAGCGACGACCAUGGAAACCCUUUUCAGAGUCUCACUCCGUCUUCUCCCGGUUUCCGCCGCCGUGACACGUCGCUCAAUCCGUUUCCCCGUUUCAACACCCGGUUCCUCCUCCCACUUGCUGAACCGUAGUCUGUAUAAGUUCUCUUCUUCUUCCUCCUCUGUGAAGACAAAUGCUGGUUGGCUGUUGGGUCUGGGUGACAAGAAGAAAAAGCCAACGAAUUUACCUGAUAUCGUAGCAGCCGGAGAUCCGGUUCUGCACGAGAAGGCCCGAGAGGUUGACCCGGAUGAAAUCGGGUCGGAGCGUAUUCAGAAGAUAAUUGAUGAUAUGGUCAAAGUUAUGAGAUUGGCUCCUGGCGUUGGCCUCGCCGCUCCUCAGAUUGGUAUCCCUUUAAGAAUUAUUGUUUUGGAAGAUACAAUAGAGUAUAUAAGUUACGCACCAAAGGAGGAGGUUCUUGCUCAAGAAAGACGUCCUUUUGAUCUCUUGGUGAUGGUGAAUCCGGAGCUUAAGGGGGUUAGCAACAAGAAAGCUCUCUUCUUUGAAGGAUGUCUGAGUGUGGAUGGAUUCAGAGGUGCGGUGGAGAGAUACCUCGAAGUGGAAGUCACAGGCUACGAUCGUCAAGGGAAACGAAUCGAAGUGAAUGCUUCAGGUUGGCAAGCGAGGAUUCUGCAACACGAGUGCGAUCAUUUGGAUGGUAAUCUUUAUGUGGAUAAGAUGAUACCACGCACUUUUAGGAUAGUCGACAACUUGGACUUGCCUCUCGCAGAAGGCUGUCCUAAACUCGGGCCUCAAUGAGACCAUACAGACAGAUGCUUAGACAGAAGUUUGUUAAUGUAAUUUUCGAUUCUUAAACAUGUGAGCUUAAUAUCUUAAAAAGUUGUUUCGGAUUCAAGAUUUUUGUAUUCAUUCACGAAAGUAAUAUUAAUUUAAGAUAAGAUCA